GUUUCUGUUUUUUGUAUACAGAUGAAAAACUCAUCAUUUGAGCUUCUGCAUAUUUAGAUCGUUAGAUGCCAUUUGUGAGUGUAUUUGUAUUAUAUAGCAGGUGGUGGUGCAGCGACUUGUUUUUACACUCUAUAUUAUUUUUUUCACUACCGACAGAGGGACUUAACACCUGUGGUGUGUCCGCGCAGGUAAUACCGCGGAAAUUGUGAUUUUAAGUGUAGAAACACGUAAACAUCGAGCAUCAGCAUCUUUCAGCCGGCUGAAGCAGGCUUGUGGCUAAAAAAAACGGUUAUGGCAGCUACUAGUGUGGUAGUCUUAGAUAGGGGAAAUAAUACUACCUGCACUAUUAAUCUACAUGGUGCCACUGUUGUUUCAUGGAGAGUUAAUAAUCAAGAACAACUAUUUGUAAGCAAACAAGCAGUGUUUGAUGGCAAAAAGGCAAUAAGAGGUGGCAUACCAUUUGUUUUUCCUCAAUUUGGACCUUGGAAUUUUGGUCCUCAACAUGGUUUUGCUAGAAUUGUUAGGUGGAACUUGGAAAAAGCACCUGAAAGACUGCCAAGUGGAGAUGUAGAGGCUGUAUUUUCUAUUAUGGACACAGAUUUUACUAGAUCCAUGUGGAAUUAUCCGUUUCGACUGACUUAUAGACUGAUACUCCGAGAAAAAGAAUUACACUUCAAUAUUGCUGUAUAUAACCCAAGUAAAGACUUGACAUUCAGUUUUAAUAUGUUGCUACAUACAUAUUUUAAAGUUCCAGACGUGAGACGUUGUCAAAUUACAGGAUUACAAGGCUGUACUUUUGUGGAUAAAACAAGAGAAGGUGCUAUAUAUCAAGAGGCAAGAGAUGUUGUAACCAUUGGAGAAUGGACUGAUAAAAUCUACCAAAAUACUCCUCAAGAGCAUAUAAUAACCAAUGUUGUGUCUGGUCGUAAGAUGCGUAUUCAGAAAUAUAACUUCCCAGAUACAGUAAUUUGGAAUCCAUGGGUGGAUCAAGCUAAAGAUAUGUCAGAUUUUGGUGAUGACGAAUAUCCCAAUAUGGUCUGUGUAGAAGCUGGACAUGUAUCUAGUCCAGUAAUUCUCUUACCAGGGACAGCAUUUGAAGCUAGCCAAAUUCUACAGGUUAUGUGAAUACGACAGCAACCAUACAACUGCCCUAUCUUGUCCAUCAGUUUCUUAUAUUAUUAUGAGUAGUAGAGUAGUGUGGAUGUGUUGGUUAAACUGGUGAAAUCAGAUAUUUUUCUGUAUGAUUAUAACACUUUUUUAUCUAUAUAAAAUACAAUUAACAGGGUAAGUGAAAAGCGUCAUAUUUAUUUAAUUUUUACAUGAGAAAUUUUUUUAUUUAGUCAAUUUAAAACUUGAACAGAAAUUGUACAAUAAUUUUUAAAAACUGAAUGCUUUUACUUAUUCUGUAUGUUGGUAUACCCAGUUCUAAUAAUUAGUUGAUGGGAAAAUUGCAUUUUUAAUUGUUAGUUUUCAAUUAUUCAACGUUGGAAGGUACAUUGUAAAACAAUAUAUAUAUUCUACUUAUUUUUUAUGUGAUGGAUGUGAAAAUGAAUUGGUAAAUAUCUAAAUUCCAAUAUUUUAAUUCAAAUUAAUUUAUUAUAUAUAUUUACGAUACCAAAAUGUAUACUCUUUGGUAUUUUACACAACCCCGCAAUAAUCAUCUUUGUAUUUAUAUAUUAAUUUCUUAAUUAUUAGACCUUUUUCAAUAUGUUUUUGUUAAUAAUCCACUAAACAUUACUUUUUAUAUUUCGACCUAAUUUUGCUAUUUAUCAAAAUAUAUUUAUUUCUAUUGAGAAAAGUAAUUACAUUUAAAAGAGGUCAAAAAUCAAGUAGAUUUAACAAAAACAUGAAAAAAGGUAUAAGAUAUUUAAGAAAUAUAUACUGCACACUGAACUGUUCGAAAAGCUAUUUUACUCUUAUUGUGUCCAUCUCCUAUUAAAUAUAAUAUCACAGAAUUUUCAAGAAGACCCCGUUAUUUUAGAGAAACAUAAAACAAAGCGGCUGAUGCGAGCAUUUGUCUUUCUAUGAUUCCUCAAAUUUACUUCAUAGUAUUUUAGUCAGGAUUAUGUUUGUAUUUACUUAACAUCAUCAAAAUAUAAUGUAACAAUAUUGUCUGAUAUUAUCACAAAGUACUACGGAAUAUAUUUGUGCAAUUUCAAACAUUUGCAAAAAAAAAUCUGUCUAUGUUAGUUGCAGAGCAUUGUCAACAUAAUAAAAUCCUAAGAUCGACUGUAAGUAGCAUUUUGAAGUAGUAAAAUCCGGGCUCAUAUGACAACACACAACUUUUGUGACAUAAAUUUUUAGUUUGGUUUAAUAACAAUUUUGCAAUUAUAAAAAACAAAAAAUUGGCAAAUCAAAACUUUUAAAAAGUGACAAUAGUAUAUAUAGAAUUUGUAGAUACUAUAUCAUUUUAAUCAAAAUUAUUGGUUUAUAAUUGCGCUAUAGUUCACCUGGAAAAUAUUAAAAUGUAUCAUACAUCAAAAAAUGGUAAAUAGUGAGUCACUUUUUGUGCAGUCAGUGUUAUAGAUUCAGUGAAAACUUUCAUUAUGAAAUUUUAUUUUCAAUUAUCCAAAUUAAAUGUAUUUAUUGAAAAGAGGUUGAGAGGAAGGUACCGACUAUAUCCUGUAGAAAAUUCUUUGCCCAAAAAUAAGUUUGCAUUAGAUUGGUAUAAUCUAUCAUUCAUAAGAUAAAAUUUGUGUCAAAUAUUUUAGAACAUUUUUAUAUUAAUUUUUUCAUAAUCGCCCAUAGCCACUUCAUGGAAAGAUAAUUUUUUAGUUCUAUUAAUAUGCGGAGGUCUGAAAGACAAAUUCAAUUUUGUGUGGUUAGAAAUUUUGUUAAAUAAAAUAGAUAUUAAAAUUAUAAAACAUUAUGCUGCUCAAAUUGUAGGUAAUUUUAUGGAAAUAAGAUUUAAUAAUAAUAAAAUAGACAACGAAAUGUGAAAUUUUAGAAUUAAAAAGGUAGAUAAGUUAUUAAAAACUUUAUUAUAUAUGUAUGAUCUCUUUGUAUUACAAAAUAACACAAUUUUAUUGUUUUUUCAAUUGAUAAAUAUACAAAGUCAAAAUUCUUGGACCCCUAUAUUUUGAUUAAAGAUUUUUUUUUUGAAAACUAUUAAUGAUGUUCCAUUUACCCUUUUACUCUCUGAAAAUUAUAGGAUGGGUCCGAGAAUUUUCAUGAUAUAUGUGCAUCACAUAUAUUUAUUUUUCAUUGUAAUAUACAUUUACCUAUCUGAUAUCAUCGGUAAUUAAAAAUUUAGUUUUUGUGUCUACACUAACUUUUUUUAUAUUUAUUGAUAGUUUUACUCAUUUUUAUUUGAAGCUGGUCUAUCCCCAGUAAGUGAUAAAUAUAUAGACGUAGCAAUAAAAUCAACAUACAAAUGAAUAAAAAAUACGUAAAAAUAAAGAGUUUUAGGUAGUCUGUAGACACGCACAAUCAAUAAAAUAGUACAACCGAAAUUAUAUCUUGUUAUUCAAAUUAUUGAAUGAUGUGUAGAAACCCAAUAUUUCUGUCAUAAAUCAGUCAUUUUAAGAAUUAUCAAAAUAUUCCAGAUAUUUUUAUUAAUAUCAUUUUUUAGUGUCUCUACCAAUGAAGCAUAUAUGGGAGUAGCUUCCACCAUUUACUAGUGGUAGAAGUCUCCGUUUUAUGAAUUCUGUACAUUCGAUCAUAUAUUUGAGUAAAUAUGUAAUUUAUAUAUAUCAUUUACUACUAACUUUUAGGUGCUGAUCUAUCAUCCACUCUCCAAAAAUUUAUCUUUAUCAAAAAAAUAACUUACAAAUUGUUACUAUAAGUUUAUACAGAUUAUAAUUUUUCUUCUUUGCAGUCUGUUCAAAUUUUACACAAAUAAUGACUGAGUGCUAAGUCCUAUUACAAGAAAAGAAAUUUGAAAUUCUUUGUUUUCUUGUAAAUUUGUCGCAGACUCUAUUUUAGACGAUCUAGUGAACAAUAGUUUAGUAAAUUAUUAUAAUAACUUGAAUGUCUUCUCUGUGGUGAAACACAUGCAGCUCAAGACACUAGCCUUAUGUCGUAUACGACUGGUAGCAUUAUAGUUAUAUGGUUAUUGUAAUUUCUAUUUUUUGUGCAAUAGUAAAUCGUUUGUCAAGUUAUAAUUCAAUAACUGUAACUUAUUAUUAGGUGCUGCUUUUUAAAUAAUAAAAUUAUAAUCGAAAUAAA